GAUGGGAAGUGGGACCGCAACCCCGGCUUCCGCGCGAGAAAGAAGAACUUGUGGACUCUGUUUGGGACAAGGGCGCUGCAAACUCAGCGGAGAUGUGGGCGCUAGCAUCAUCACCAAGGGUGGGCGGGGAGGGCGGGCGCAGGGCCUUCGCUCGCCCCAAGGAGCUUCAUGCGACUGCGCUGCUGAUCUAUUCUCGUUGGGCGCCCAGUAAAGCUGUCCUUACGACCCGUCGGAAAGCUGCUUGCCGUGGAUUCCGUAAUAGCUCCAACCAGCAGGCGAGUCGGUGCCGACGGGUAGAGGCGAUCCUGUUCCAGCCUACGCACGGGUGCCAGGCUGUGGGCACCCCGUUAGAGCUUUCUAGGCACGGUUCCUACAGCCAGGGAUUUAAAGCCAGCUUGAUCCGACACCAGCCUUGCUCUCUGUGCCAGGGACUUGGUGAUUGGCUGACCACAUCUCAGUAUUGUCACCAAGGUGCUGGCGCCCCUUCGAGCCACUCCAGGCAUAGGAACCAGUGCCAGGCCUUAAACAAUCACUUCGCCCACCCACAGUCACAGUGGCAGAGUCUUAAUGCUCGUCCCAGGCACCGCUUGUUCCUGAGAGCCCAGUCAAGGCACUACAGCCGAACAUCUGUUGCUGGCCAGCGUUGUCCCUUUCUCCCCUGGGGGUCCCAGCGGUUGGCUGCCUUUGCCCCAGCUAACAGGGUUGGCACUUACCGUGACCGAGCAACCAGUGUCCCGGUGGGGACCGAGUGCCAUGUGGUGGAUCUGCGCAGUGACGCCGUGACUCGGCCCAGCCUCGAGAUGAGACAAGCUAUGGCUCAGGCAGAGGUGGGCCAUGAUGACUACGACGAGGACCCUACUGUGAAGGAACUGCAAAGUGUAGUGGCUGACCUUCUUGGAAUGGAAGCGGCUUUGUUUGUUCCUUCUGCCACCAUGGCUAAUCUCAUUGCUGUUAUGUGCCACUGUCGCAGACGAGGGGCACAGCUUCUGCUGGGGAGGGAAUCUCACAUCCAUGUUUUUGAGCAUGGAGGGGUAGCACAGGUGGCGGGAGUCCACUCAGAGAUAUUGCAGGACCUGCCGGAUGGACUUCUCAGCCUUGAUGAACUGGAGCACAAGAUACAGCAGAGCCAUGCCAGUCGGUACCACCCCCACCCUGAGCUCAUCUGUCUGGAAAACACCCACUGCUCAGCCGGGGGACGAGUGCUACCCCUUAAGUAUCUGCAGCAGGUGCACCAGCUAGCCCAGCAGUAUGGGAUGCGGAUACAUAUGGAUGGUGCCCGGGUGCUGAAUGCUGCUGUGGCACUGGGUGUGCUGCCAACCUGUAUCUCCCAGCAUUGUGAUUCCAUCUCCUUGUGUGUCUCUAAGGGUGUGGGUGCACCAUCUGGAGCACUCCUGGCUGGAUCCAGAGAGCUCAUAACUGAGGCCUGGCGUGUGCGGAAGCUCCUUGGAGGUGGGAUGUGUCAGGCAGGGGUUCUGGCAGCAGCUGCCCUUGUGGGACUGAGCCGUGUGGAGGAAACAUUGCAAAGGGAUCACGACAAUGCCAGACGCUUUGCUCAAGGUAUCUGUGAGCAUGGUUCUCCUCUCUGCUCCAUAAAUCCAGCCCUGGUGGAAACGAAUAUCGUCAUGGUGACGGUGUUGGCACAAUGGCUGUCCCCUGCCAAGCUGUGUGAGCUCAUGGAGGCUGUGACUGUAGAGGAGGUUGCUGCCACAGGCCAAGCCAUCAGCGUCCAGCUCUUCCCAUGGGGCAAGCGUUGCCUGCGUGCUGUCUGGCAUAGUGACAUCUCCACUCAUGACACACAGCGAGUGGAGAAAAAGUGGCGCUUUGUACUGGACAAAUGUGAGCAGGAACAUGCUGGCACACUCUGAAACCAGACUACAGGCCGGAAGGAAGCUGGUGCUUGAUAUCUUUUAAUAAUUUUUAAAUAAUUUGGAAUUUAAAUUAUUUUAAUAAUUUGUUUCAAUAAUUGUUUUGUUACUGUUUUUAUUUCUGUUUUUAUGCUACUGUUUUUAUUGUUGUAUUUUAAUCUGUGUUGAUUUUUAAAUAUCCUUUUAAAUUUUGUACGCCGCCUAGAGAUAUACAUAUCAGGCGGCAUUAAAAUAUGAUAAAUAAAUAAAUAUUGACAUGAAAUAAGA